AUGAUUGGGACUAAUAUCGGAGUAAUAGUUUAUGUUAUAGAAGAGGUAACACAUACAAACUCUUUGAAUGUUUUUAGCCAUCUUGGUCAAAUUAUGUUUUAUAUUGGGUCAACAGCAAAUAUAGUGAGAUCGAUUAAUAUAGAAAUUGAGCAAGAGAUAUAUAACCUUACAAGAGAUUCUGGCUACUACAGCCAAAAUAUCGAUGACCUUUCGGUUUUACAGCAAACUCUAUUGAGUGGCAAAUCGCAGUGAAAUCAUUGUCCAAGCUCUGCAAUUGUAACAGAAAAUAUCAUUCCUCUAUGGGAGUUUGACAUGGGAAAGCCAUAUUUGAAAAAGUAUAAUCUUUAUGAUACAAUUACAAAUUUUAUUAUACAUGUAAAAAAUAUUUAGGGUCAAUCUUUAUUGAAAUAUGCUAAACAAAAGAAAUCGGAUAUAUAUAUGAAUCGAAAUGGCUUAUGAUAA